AAACGACCGCAAACUCUUUAGAGCCCUCAAUCCUCUGGAUAAAACACAAAACAAAACCAUAACAUUUCGCUACUUUUCCUACUUUUCAUCUUCAAAUCUUUUGCUAUACUUUUGAAGAAAAAAAAUCUGCUCCGAAAUCGGCUCAAGUAACUGAUUCAAUUUUUUUCAGCUCUGAUUCAAUUCGUGGAUGAUUUUCCAGCAAAAAGAAAGACUCAAGCAAAGGAAAUUGAAGGAAAAUUUGGUUCAAGAAUCGAAGAGAAAUUCGGCUCAUGCAAAGUAGCAGAACUCAAGCAAACAAAUGUAAUGUUCUGCUCAAGACACAAUCGAAAGUAGUGAAACCUCGAAGAAUUUGAUUCAAGUAAAUUUAUUGAUGAUUUACUACUGCAGAAAUGUUAUGGUAUCAACUUUUUUCCGACCAAAUUUCAUGUAAACCAACCAAGUGUCACGAGAAUUCUAACUGAGCAGCCGGCUACCUGUUCCCAGAGAUAAUAUUCACGAUUUUGAUGGCAUUUGGUGUAUGUCAACGGUACACUAGAGAGACACUACCAUAUCACUUCAGAGAGUUGUAUCGCACAUCCGUUACUGAGUAAAGACAUUUGCAGAUGAAAUAAGCGCGCCAUCACUAUGCUGUGGCUUUUGGGAUGCUGAACCGUUUUCUGAUAGCUGCAAAAACAAACCAACUGCCACGGAGGGAGAAAGAAAGAGAAAGAAAAGGAAAGGAAGAAAGGGAAAGAGAUAGAUUGCGUACGGCCAUGUUGUUGCGUCGCAUUACACAAACCAUUGCACGCUCCCAUCGUUACAUAAGUAUUGGGUCGUCGUCCUUUUCGCCGUGCGUUUGGAGCCAGACAAAGACAACAACAACAACAACAGCAACAACGCAUGACAUGCAACCAGGGUUGAAUAUACACACCAUCUGACAAUUGACAGAUAUGUUUAUUUUUUCUAUGAAUGACCCAAUGUUUCUCCAAUUCAUUUCCGACUCAGUUUUGCGGUGGUUUGUCAUUCAAUUUACACGAAAUAGUUUUGGAACUGAAAAGUUUUUAAUUUGAAUUUUGAGGGUUUAUUUUAGAGAGUUGCUUUAUUCCAUUGAAUUGGAUGUGGUCGUCAGCGAAGAAAAAUGCAAGUUUGAUACGAUGCUUUGCAAUGCAAAUUUUGCAUAUCAAGGGUAGGAAGGUGAGAGACACAGAAACAGAGAACCAAAAUAGGUGCCUAUUAUUCUGUGUUUAUCUCUUAGUCUUAAGCAUCUUAUGAAUAAGUCAUUUUGCACAAACAGGAACUUAAUCCAAUGCAAAUGACUCAAUUUAAACAAUUUCGUUUUCAUUCGAAAUGCAAAAAUAUGUUUACGACAGUGAAGUGCGGGCACAAAACACAGAAAGAGAAUGGGCGAGCGAAAGAGAGAGAGAGAGAGAGAGAGAGAGAGAGAGAGAGAGAGGAGAGCGUUAUUAAGUAAAUGACGAAUCGUCAUUAUUUACCUUCAGAAUGUUAUCACAGACGCUCGCUCGCUCGCUUGUUCUCUCACAUUUUUAUGACUAAUUCCUCCUAUCUAGGCGACAAAUGUGUCGAUGAAACAAUAAAAUGAUGAUGUACGGCAGAAGAAAAUAAAAUUCAUUACAGCUUGUCGGUUUGAAUUCAUCAAGUGUUUUAUGAAUGUAAUAAAACCGUUUAAUUCCACUUUGUGCGCCGUUUUGACAACAUUCUCUCAUUUGUUGAGCCAUUGACAGCAGCCGACAAUUUAGUCGCAACUUUUCAAAUAGUAAUGCUCAAGGUAUUUAAGUGGUGAUUUCUGUGUGACGGUCAGUUGAAUUUCGAUAACAGCAGACGGCAAACGACAACGCAAUGGACGAGAAGCCAAAGAAGCAUCAAUUUGUGCAUGUACCACCGAUGGAAGAGCUAGAAGAUACCGAAGAGAAUAAAUGCUUUAACGAAGGCAGCGAAAAUGAUGGAGACGACACCGUACCGCUGGGACUAACCGGCAAAGCGGUGUGCAUGCAGCUAUCGAUGAGUGUGCUGGCGAAUUUCUCCAUUCUAUCGAGUGGCAUGGGUUUAGGCUUUCCGGCAAUCACCUUCCAAAGUCUCACCAAUAAAUCCGAUCCAAUGGCAUUGUCGAACGAACAAGCAUCAUGGUUUGCCUCGAUAAAUGCGAUUGCAUGUCCGAUUGGCGGUUUGUUGUGCAGCUAUGUGCUGGAUAAAUAUGGGCGUAAGAAGACUUUAUAUACGAUAAAUAUGCUGUCAGUGGUGUCCUGGGGCAUUAUGGCGAUGGCAAGUAGCGUUGAUAAGGAAUUAAUGUUUAUUCAGUUGCUGGUGGCACGUUUUAUCAUUGGCAUUUGCAUUGGAUUAUCAAGUUCACCGUCAGCCGUUUAUUCGGCCGAAAUUGCGCAUCCAACACUUCGUGGCCGGAUUUCGGUCAUCACAUCCGUUACCAUUGGACUCGGCAUAUUACUUAUUUAUGUAAUGGGCUAUUUUAUACCGACAAACUGGCGGUUGGUUAGUGGUAUAAGUUGUGCGAUCUGUAUAGUUGCGCUCAUUUUGCUAAUACCAAUUCCGGAAACUCCAACUUGGCUAGCGAGUAAGGGUCGAACGGCCAAAGCGGAAAAAUCAUUGCGCAUUUUCAAGGGACUACCACGAAAAGGUAGUUUUAUAAAUCCAGAGCUUCAAGGUGAAAUUGAUAUAUUGAUAAUGCACAGUGAACGCCGUCAAACGCUGAAAAAGGAGAGUCUUUUGUCCAAUUGCAUCAAACCGGAAGUGUAUCGUCCAACGUUGAUAAUCAUUGGAUUUUUUGCAUUUCAACAAUUGUCUGGUAUUUUUGUGGUUGUGGUGUAUGCAGCGAAAUUUGCCACCGAAGUCGGUGUCACAAUGGAUCCAUUCUUGUGCGUUGUAUACAUUGGUGUUGUUCGUGUUGUUGCCGGCACAAUAAUUGGUUUGCUGUUGGACCAUUUGGGCCGACGAACACCAACCAUUUACUCAUCCAUUCUAAUGGCGCUUUGCAUGUACGGUUUAGUUGCGUGCAAAUUUUUCCAACCCACCGAACACUAUCAAUGGAUACCCACACUUCUCAUACUCACUUAUGUAUUCACCAGUACGCUUGGAUUGUUAACGAUUCCAUUCGUGAUGAAUGCCGAAAUAUUUCCACAAAAAUAUCGAGGCUUUUGCUCGGGGAUCACCAUUGCAGCCGCUUAUUCGAUCUGUUUCAUUUGCGUUAAACUUUAUCCAUGGAUGACAACCAAUUGGGGCACCGUGAACGUGUGCAUGUUCUAUGGCACAUGCUCAUUGCUGAGCAUUUUUUAUGUACGAUUCAUUGUGCCCGAAACCAAGGGAAAAACAUUAGCCGAAAUUGAAAAUAUGUUUAAAUCACAUUAUGCUGGUAAUAUUCAGCAAGCUGGAUCAUUGGCUUAAGAAAAUAUAUGCUACAACGAUUAUUUUUUUUCUGUACUUGUUUGAAAAGAACCAUUCUUCACUCAGGUGAUUCUAGAUUUACCGAAAUCAGUGGUCAGUCAGAAUGAGCAAUGGUUGGUGAAUAGUAUUCACUGAAUACCAGCGCGAAAUUGCUGCACAUUCAUAUUCAAUUGCUUCUUAAAAAAUCGAAUCAGUGAUUAAUUGUACUCUCAGUAAUCAGUAAAUAUCGAUAUUGACCUGGUUUUUAAUUUUUUUUUUUUUAAAUCCAGAUUCGAUUUUGGAUUCUUAUAAGAAUGUCUUUAUGCCGAUUUUUUUAAGAUUCUUCAUUCGAUCUGGAAUUAAAGAAACUAUAAAAUCGAGUUGUAUACGACUUGCGUGAUAACUUCGACUUUUCGUUUGUGUUCAUUGUACAGCGUAUUCAUUGCUAGGGGCUUCUAUGUCGGUUUGGCAUUUGAAUUUUUAUUGACGAAUUCGCGCUCAGUGCCAUGCAUUCGCAUCGCUGCCAUAUGAUUUCUAUGUAAACAUUCGCACUCGCAUUCGUAUAGCAGUCGUAUUUCGCUGUUCUCGAACGUUCUCACGAAUGCGAGCGAGUGCGAAUUUUUACAUAGAAAUCAUACGGCAGCGUUGCGAAUGCAUGUACAAACACGAAUGAACGAACGAAUUAUGUAGCCACAAGUUCGCUGUCAUAGCCGCAUUCGUUGCAUUCGCAAACAUUCGAAAUUUUUGUUCUGAAAUGCGAAUGCAUUCGCAGCAUUCGCGAGAGAUAAAUCCCCUUAGAUUCGCUGUAUACGGGUAUGAGAGUCUCAUACUAUGAUACUCAUACCGUAUGACAAAUCCAAAUGAAGUUUAAAUCAGUACAUACAGAGUUCACUACAACUUCAACUGCGAUUAUAUUCGGCAAAAUAAAUUCUCAUAGUACAAGUCGUUUGUUAAGUGUUAUGUGGUAUGUGCACUGCUUUAGAGUGAUAUAUGUUAAAUAGGAAAGCGCACAAAUCAUGUUAGCGUGAUUUGUGUACAACUCGAUUUUGUCGUUUGCCGUCCAUUUCAAUCGGAAGUUUCUUUAUUUUCAUACUCAAAUUAUUUAUUUAAUUUAAAACCGGGCGCCUAUUUUCAAGAUUGAAAUGAAAUCAAGAUUUUGUAAUUCAUUUUUAGAUGUACUGAGAAUACAAACUGUUCUUGAUUAUUAUAAGUAAGUUUAUAUUUUUUAAUAUGUAUUACGAUUUUAUCCAUUAUUGUUUUUUUGAUGGAACGAAUUUAAAUGAUAUAUAGCUGCAGCACACAUUUUAUGUUAUGCGCAAAAAAUUGAUUGUUGUGGAAAAUAAAAAAAAAUAAAGUAAAGUUAAUUACUGAAA